CCCGCCCCCUCCUCAGUUCCCGUCCUCUACUCCUCAAACUGCUGAUGUGGUACUAACUUCAGCCUCCACCUCUGCAAACAUGUUCAACUUCACAUCAAAACUUUUGCUGCUUUUUCUCCUGGCCUUCCCCUGCGGUCUGAUAUCAGUUGGCCACGUUUAUGCCGACUCAGACUCGGCCGAGGACAUUGUCGAGGACUCAGAUGCUGCAGUAGAUGAAGAGGAAGAUGAUGAAGAUGUCCUUGUUGAAGAGGAUCAGAUGCAAACCUCGGAAGGACACGAAGAUGACUCCGACGAAGCGGCGGACAAACUGUUAGCUUCUCACCCUGAUGCCGACACGACGAUCAUCUUCACCACGGGAGAAGAGUUUCCUGCCAAUGAAAUUGUGCGGUUCCUGGUGGGUUUCUCCAACAAGGGUAGUCAGGAGUUCACCGUUCAGUCAUUGGAGGCCUCCUUUCGUUAUCCCCAGGACUUCCAGUUCUUCAUCCAAAAUUUCACAGCUUUGCCCCUGAACACUGUCGUCAAACCACAAGCUCAGGCCUCCUUCGAGUACUCCUUCAUCCCAGCACAGCCAAUGGCCGGUCGCCCAUUUGGACUUGUAAUCCUGCUCAACUAUCAAGACACUGAGGGCAGCGUGUUCCAGACUGCCGUUUACAACCAGACUGUCACCAUCACUGAACGAGAAGAGGGACUGGAUGGAGAAACAAUGUUUAUGUACGUGUUCCUGGCGGGACUGGUAUCCCUGCUGCUCUUCGGGAUGUACCAGGUCCUGGACUCGAGGACGAAAAAGAGGCUUUCUGUGAAAAUAGAAAAGGGCACUGCUGGAAUAAAUGAUGUGGACAUCAGCUGGAUUCCUCAGGAGACUCUUAAUGCCAUGAACAAGGCUUCCCCUAAAGCAUCCCCCCGGAAACGAACCAAGAGGGCGGCUGGGACAGACCAAUAAACGUGCUGGCUUCCCUUUGUCGUUAUAAUCUUGAUCAAACUUUCAGAACACCUCGCAACAAUAACUCAGUUCAAAUUUACAAAGAAUGCAAAUGUCUGGAAUUCAGUUUUUGAAGCAGAUUUUUUUUUAUGUUUGAGAAUCGGAGCUCGAUACAGUCUCAAGGUAUUACAUGCUGAGAGGAUCCUGUGCUCUCAUUGGACCAUGACCAUUUAAACACUAAGAAGACUGAACUGUGGCUCAUUUUAAAGGGACUUUUGUAUCUGUGUGUGUGUGUGUGUGUGUGUGUGUGUGUGUGUGUGUGUGUGUGUGUGUGUGUGUGUGUGUGUGUGUGUGUGUGUGUGUGUGUGUGUGUGUGUGUGUGUGUGUGUGUGUGAGAGAGAGAAAGAAAGAGAUGUAAUGGGAAAAAUAAGAUAAUCGGUAAUUAAGAUUACAAGGGCUGGCUUGAACUGCCUUCUUGAAGAGGGUUGAAUUUGAGUUUAUUGCCACUCCUUUUUUUUUAUUUAUUUUUUUUUUAUUUUAUUUCCGAUAAUAACAAUGAAAAUAUCACAGUCUUCUCUAUCAUCAAACCCUUCUCUGCCUUAUCUGGUCUCUUGCAAAAAAUGCCGUUUUUUUUUUUUGUUUUUUUUUUAAUUACCACACAUGAUUCACACAUAACGUCCAUUAAUGAUUUUAUGUUUUUUAAAGUGGUACAGUGGCAGCUGCAAGUGCAAAUGUCGAAACCAUGUGUCUCAGUGUCUGUGCAAGUCAAUUUUGCCGCCUUACUCCUGAGCAGAGCAUUCAGUCAGUGUUAGUGAUGCGGUCUGUCACGCUGUAUGUCAGUAUUUGUGAUGCAACGCCUUCUGAAAAACAAUAAAAGGCUGUAUUUACUCAGAU